CUGAAGGUUGUGGAAAAAAAGGAAAUAAUUGCAAUUAUGAAAAAGGAACUUGUAGUGCUGAAGGAUAUAAGAAUUGUGAAAUUGGUAUAAAAUAUAGUAAAGAAGAUUCAAAACUAGUAUUAUUAGUUUUUGAUCCUCUUGGUUUUGGUGAUGCUUGA